CCAGGGCCUGGGGCCAUGGGGACCAGCUGGAUCCCUCUCCUCUCCCCCUGUCUGGAGCCGCACUUUCCCCUAGCCAUCCCCUCCGCAUCCUGCAGAGACCCUUUCCCCCCCGGGUUCCCACCGCCCAGCCCAGCAGGCAGCGCGGAGCGGCACCGGGGCUGCGGCGGCUCCGGGGUCCCCGGCCCGCCUCCUGAGCGAGGAGAGUCCACCGGGCCCAGGCCAGGGUCCCGGUCCCUGGACACAGUCCCGGUCCCGGCCGGCGGGAGGCCCCCGGGGGCGGCGGGGAAGCCCUUCCCGUGGGCGGGGCGGUCGCUCAGCCCCUCCCCACCCCGCCCCGCCUCCCGCAGCUUUCUACCCGCCGCGGGGCCGCCGUGCCGGAGAACGGGCAUCGCUGCGGCACCGAGCGGAGCGGCUGGACGUGUGUGCCCGCGGGUCAUGGACGGGCGGGCGGUGCUGAUCCAAGCGCUGCUGGCGGCAGUGUGCUCGGCGGCGGCGGGCGGGCUGCGCCGGGACGAGCUGCACAACGAGGUGCUGCACAAGGGCGGCGGCGGCGGGGUGCCGGUCCCGGCCACGGCCCCGCUGCUCGGCGGCAGCCCAGAGAAGGAAGGAGGAGGAGCGGCGUCGGGGGACGAUUUCAGCGAGCUGCCGAGAGUUGCCUUCCUGUCAAAGCCUCAAGGCCUCGUUACUCCCAAGAAAAAAGGGAACGGCAAUAAAAGAAGAAAAGGCAAAGGCCAGGGGAAGAAGAGAGACCCGUGCCUGCGGAAGUACAAGGAUUUCUGUAUUCACGGCGAGUGCAAGUACAUCCGAGAGCUGGGAACUCCCUCGUGCAUAUGCCAGCCAGGCUAUCAUGGAGAGCGCUGCCACGGCCUCUUGCUGCCGGUGGAGCACCCGCCCAGCGCCUACGACCACACCACAGCCCUGGCCGUUGUUGCAGUUGUCCUGUCCUCCCUGUGUCUCCUCAUCAUCGCAGCCCUGCUGAUGCUCAGGUGUCACAAGAGGGGUGGCUACGAUGUAGAAAACGAAGAGAAAAUCAAGCUGGGCAUCACUGUGAAUCACUGAGGAUGCCAGGUGCUGGCGAGGAGCCGGCACUAAUGCACUUCUACCUCCGGGAAGACGCGAGACCGCGGCGCCGGAGCUGCGGCACGCUGGGGGCUCGCUGGAGCUCCAGGACGGCACCGGCGGCGCCGCGGCAGCUCCGUGGCCAUCGCUGGGACGGGGCAGGCUCGGGAGCGGUGCUGGCCGGAGGCGCAGGGGCGCUCCGUCCGCUGCGGUGUGUGCCCAGGAACAAGCUGUGAAAGGGAGGAGACCGGGCUCGGGGCUUCCUUCGCCGCAGGAGGGGGGGGAGGGUAACAGCUAUUUAACAAGAUAUUUUUCAUUUUAAAUUAUAUAUUUAUUUUAGAUAAACUGUACAUAGUAUUUAUAUUUAUUGUGGAUCUGGCCCUGCAUCCUUCAUGUAGGUCAAGAUGACAGGGUCGGACCUCUCCUAUUUUUUAAGUGCAAUGUAAUAUUCUAAUAAAUAACACUUUGUAACAAACA